GUAAUUCCCCGGCAGGGGCGACUUGAAACCGGCGGCGCUGAGUAACAUUUGCUGUUGCAGCCGCCUCCCUCCCGCCGCCGCAUUGCUACAUACCCCGGAAGUGCGGGCUGCUCUGCUCACCGCCUCCCUCUCCUUCUGUACAUGACCCUGGGUGCUGAAGAACGCGUUGAUGAAUUACCCAUUUCUUCGUGGGUCGGAGCACAGAUGUCGCAUAACGUUAUCGAAAACAAACCGAUAUGCUUGGGAGAGCAGCAAUUUCAGCAGUUCUGUAAAUUAUUUAUGAAGCAUUCGGAUGAAAUCUCCAAUGGCUGGCAAUGGAAGCUAAAGCACAAUGAGGGGUACAUGGUAAAGGUACAGCUGAGAUGUAAAGAUCCCAAGAGCCACUUGUGCCCAGGAGAUCAUCACCAUCAAGAUGUUCUGUGUGCUGAUGCAGGUCCUCUUUCUGAGGAGGAGGGUAACGUGGAAAACAUUAGUGAAGAUACCGAGGAAGCCCAGGUCACAACGUCCGAAUUGGUUCGAUAUGAGUACCAUGUUGUCUACUCCAGUAGCUACCAGGCACCUGUGUUGUAUUUCAGAGCUUGUUAUUCAGAUGGAAGACCUCUUACUCUGAAGGAAAUUUGGGAAAGUGUUCAUGAUUGUUACCAAGAAAGUCUUUCACAGGGACCUUGGGAAACGAUUACACAACAGGAGCACCAUUUACUUGGCCAGCCGUUUUUUGUUCUCCAUCCUUGUCGAACUUCUGAAUUAAUGACUCCAAUAAUGAUUGAUGCCACCCAGGAGCAGAGGAAUGUAAAUUACAUCACAAGCUGGCUGAGUAUGAUGGGGCCAGUAGUGGGACUCGACUUGCCAUUGAGUUAUGCCACAGCCAUGUCCCAGGGCAUUCCUGACCCAAACUGAACAGAGUACGCGUUGAAAUCAGAAAUUCUUGGAGCAAAUACAUUUUUAAAAAUCCAGUCGGUGUAUUGCUGAGAACAUAGUCAUCAUGGAAUUCUGAGUAGAAAAACAACCAUCUUUAUCCAAGACCACAUGAGCAGCUGCCUGCGUGUGCUAUCAAUGCUGUAUGAGAUCCAUCACUCUGUGAUUAAUCUGUUUUACUGAAGAAAACUUUGACCCUAUGAUACUGUAUUGUUUUAAUUGUUAACAAAAGAAUCUGUGUUCUUCAACGUAUUUUGUUUUAGCAAUGUGGUAGUGCAAGUUAAUCUGGGUAUUUGUACUGAAUGGCAGUGUAAUGCAUUUAUUGCCAAAAGAGAAAUGUACAUUGUCUACUGAAAAUUAUGAGAAAAUCUGGAUGUACUAUGAAACUAAAAUUAAACAUAAAUUAGAUCAAUGCAGGAAAGGAGGAAAUCUCUUUUUUUCUAAUAAAUGAUUUGCUCUAAUUGUCAGUAAAUGAUAACAAGUUCUUUUAAAACCCCUCUCUUCUCCAAAUAGCUUUUGCGAUGGUUCAAACACUUGGAUGAAAAUGUUUUGUUUUUAAUGCAGUUUAGAUUUUCUGUAUUCUUUGACAGUCACAGUGCCUGUAAAUCUGACUUAAUGUUAACACAUACUGUGCAGAGGACAUAAAUGAAAAUAAGGUAUUCUAAAAGUGGUUUCUGAACAGCAGAAAUCAGACUGAAAAUACAAUGGAGCCCUCUUCAGGUCAACUUAAGAUACCUCUGGAAAUUCCUUUUGAUAAAUUAUCUAUAUUAAUAUUUUAUUUGUGGGAGA